AACGAAACUGAUCUCAGAGAGCUGCUCUCUCUCAGUCUGUGAGUGCAGGAAAAUGGCCAGUAUUUCAGUAGAUCAGGACCAGUUCAGCUGUCCAGUCUGUCUGGAUCUGCUGAAGGAUCCAGUGGCUAUUCCCUGUGGACACAGUUACUGUAAGGUGUGUAUUAAUGGCUGCUGGGAUCAGGAUGAUCAGAGGGGGGUCUAUAGUUGCCCCCAGUGCAGAGAGACUUUCACUCCGAGGCCUGUUCUACGCAGAAACAACAUGCUGGCUGAAGUGGUGGAGAAACUGAAGAAGACAGAACUCCGAGCUGCUUCUCCUGCUCACUGUUACGCUGGACCUGGAGAUGUGGAGUGUGAUUUCUGCACUGGGAGGAAACUCAAAGCCAUCAAGUCCUGUCUGAUGUGUUUGGCCUCCUUUUGUGAAACUCAUCUUAAAACUCACUAUGAAGUUCCUUCCUGGAAAAACCACAAGCUGGUCAAAGCUUCCACACGACUACGAGAGAAGAUCUGCUCUCAGCACGACAAACUGAUCGAGAUCUACUGUCGUACUGACCAAACAUGCAUCUGUUAUUUGUGCAUGUUGGAUCAACACAACGGCCACAGGACAGUCUCAGCUGCAGCAGAAAGAACCGAGAAACAGCGUCAGUUAAAGGAGACACAGAGUGAAUCCCAGAAGAGAAUCCAGGAGAAAGAGAAGAAGCUGCAGGAGCUGAAACAGGCUAUGAACACUAUUAAGAGCUCUGCACAGACAGCAGUGGAGGACAGUGAGAGGAUCUUUACUGAGCUGAUCUGCUCCAUUGAGAAAAAGCGCUCUGAGGUAACAGAGCUGAUCAGAGCUCAGGAGAAGACUGAACUGAGUGGAGCUGAAGAGCUGAUGGAACAGCUGGAGCAGGAGAUUGCUGAUCUAAAGAGGAGAGACACUGAGCUGGAGCAGCUUUCACACACAGAGGAUCACAUCCACUUCCUCCAGAGUUUCCAGGCUCUUUGUGUCUCUUCUGAAUCUAAACACUCUCCCAAAAUCUUCAUCAGUCAACAUCUCUCAUUUGAUAAAGUGAGCAAUUCUCUGUCUGAUCUGAAGAAGCAACUGGAGGAAUUCUGUGAAGAGACACUCAACAGAAUCUCUCCACAUGCUGCAGCAGUUCAGAUCUUACUGUCAGAACCACAAACCAGAGAAGACUUUCUACAGUAUUUCUGUCAGCUGACUCUGGAUCCCAACACAGCAAAUCCCUGCCUCAUUCUGUCUGAGGAGAACAGAGUGGUCAAAUGCAGUCAGAGUGUCCAGCUGUACUCUGACCAUCCAGAGAGAUUUAACCACUGGUAUCAGCUUCUGUGUGAGGAGAGUGUGAGUGGACGCUGUUACUGGGAGGUUAACUGGAGCAGUCUGGGAAAUGUAUACAUAUCAGUCUCAUAUAAAGGGAUCAGCAGGAAAGGAUCAGGUGAUAAAUGUGUGUUUGGACGCAACAGUCAGUCCUGGAGUCUGCGCUGUUCUUCCUCUCUCUCUUUCUAUCACAACAACAUUGAGACUAAGCUCUCAGCCCCGUCCUCCUCCAGAGUAGGAGUGUAUGUGGAUCACAGAGCAGGAACUCUGUCCUUCUACAGCGUCUCUGAUACAAUGACCCUCCUACACACAGUCCACACCACCUUCACUCAGCCUCUCUAUGCUGGAUUCAGGCUUGCAUCUUAUGGAUCUACUGUGACUUUAUGCAAUCCAAAAUAGACUUCAAUUGUAUUUUAAUAAUAGAACCGAGGUCUCCAUUGGUGUAGAUACCCUGACACACCUUUUCUUACAUUUUGAUUAAUUCUCAUUUGUAGCUCAGUGAAACAAACGGAGACAUUUUUUUGAAUCUGCAGAUUUGGUGAUUUGAAUGAUUUUAAAUGAAAAGUUGUUGUGCCCUUUGUCUUGUUAUUUGCAAGCUUUACAUUUUUACGUUUUCAUUAAUUUUUGUUGCUGAAUUAAAUAAUAAAAGUCAGAAGUGCUCAAACCUGUCAAUAGAGAAUGCAAUACAAAUAUAAAUGUAAUUCAUAGUGCACUAAUGAUGUUUUGAAUUAUAGCAUUUUUAGACACAUGCGGCUCAUUUUGUAAUGUAAAUCAAAUGGAAUGCAAAUAAGUGAAUAAAUGAUCAGGGUUCAUACAGUUUUAUAUUGUCACAUCACUCUGUAAUUUAACAGGAUUUCCAAAGUGUUUUAGCUCAUCUCACUGUCAGUGCCACUCAUUCUUGAAAAUACAGUGUCAGUUCGUUUAGACGUCAUUAAAGCUCUAUAAUCCAGUAUUACCAUUCAUAGUGAACACGAACAUGAACAUGAGCUGUCCUGAUACCAAACCCCCUCAAGUGAUGCUUUUAAAAAUUAUUUUAUGCCUGUUUGAUGUAGAUUCAGUUAUAAAGUGAAGAUUCUAGAAGUCUCGAUGGUCAGUUGAUGAACUAAAUGUGUUGUUUUAAAGCACUAAAACUACUAAACUGUGUAGAUCAGGUGUCGCUCAGGACUGACACUGAGAACCACUGCUGUAAGGCCAUCACUGCACAAAAAUGGUGCCUUUUCAAGUAUCUUAAACCUAGUCAAUAUAUUAAGAUUUUUCAUGUUGAGAUUGUUAUUGGCUUAUUAUAAGAUUAUUGAACUUAUUUCUAUACAUGUUUUAGGUCAUUUUAUCAAGUAAAUGUUUCUCAUUAAAUUGGCAGAUUAUUUCAGUUGUUUCAAUCAUAUUUCUCAAAACAAUCAAAUGUUUCUGGCAAUAUAAAGAGACAACUUUAGUUAAAUAAUUAGCAUUUUUGCAGUGAUAUUCCAUAAUGGAGGGAAUAAGACAUGAGAGACAAUUGAGCCAUAAUAAAGAAAGAUGAAAAUACGAUAAGACCUCUCCAUUUUUAGUGCCUUCUGAGAGUCGGAGCUUCCACCAGCAGAGAUCCACACUGCUGAAUCCACUGACUUCUAGAUCAGUGUUCCCACUAAAGUCCUGCACAGUUUAGUUUAUUCCUGUUCCAUCACACCUGAUUCAGCUCUAGAAGGACUUGAUCAUUAGCUAAUGAUGUGACUCACUAAACUUGGGUUCCUGUAGGACUGAACCUGGAAAUCACUGCAGAACUGCUUUAUAUCCACAUUGUUGAGUCUCUGUGAUCCACUGAAUAGAACAGAGACAUUCAUUUAAAUCCAAAUAAUGUUACAUGUAAAUAUUAUAUACUACAUUUUUUUUUACUAUAUGACACUAAAAGUGUUUGACUCUGCGAUAUUUAGUCUAUUGAUUCAUUCUUUUAUUUAAUGUGCUACUGUUCCUGGGUCUUACUGUAUAUGUGUAGAAUGCAGAUGUGUCCCUACAAAUCUCUGACUUCAUUCAAACAACAGUAAUAAACUUUAUUGCUUCAUUGCUACCUUCAAC